AUGGUGAAUGACCUACGAUUUGUUCUCAUAGACCAUAUCCCCCCUUUGAAACGUGGGGAAAAAAACACAAGUCAGAUUGUACAAAAUGGCACAUUAUUGGGAAAAUUCUAUCUAAAGACAUUGAAUUUAUCUGAUAAAGAACAACUUGUGGUUUUCAUUGGUGUUUUGCUUAUGUAUUUAAUGUCUGUACUCGGAAAUGUAAUUAUUGUCGCACUUGUGUCCCUGGAGUCCCCGCUGCACACACCAAUGUAUUUAUUCUUGUGCAGCCUAUCAGUCCAGGACAUUAUAUACGUAUCUGCUAUUUUGCCAAAGCUGUUGGCCAUCACUAUCACAGGUGACACCAGCAUUACGUUCUCAGGCUGCAUGACACAGAUAUUCCUGUUUACAUUCUGUGUUGAUUCAGAAUUUUUCCUGCUGACCUCCAUGGCUUAUGACCGCUAUGUAGCCAUUUGUGUCCCACUGCAUUAUCCUCUUAUCAUAAGUAAAAAAGUGUGUGCUCUGUUCAUCACUGUUUCUUGGCUUGGUGGCUUUCUGAAUGCGUGUGCUUUCUCUUUGAUAGUGUCUCAUUUAACCUUCUGUAAUAAACAAGAAAUCAACAAUUUCUUCUGUGAUCCAAUGAUAUUAAUGAAGCUCACUUGUAGUGAUAUCACAUAUAUUAUGACUUUGUUUGUACCAGUGGAAACCACAGUAUUGAGUUUGUUACCAUUUACCCUUAUAAUGAUAUCAUAUAUCUGUAUCAUAUCUACCAUCCUAAAGAUCCGAUCAUCAUCUGGAAGACUGAAGACCUUCUCCAGCUGUUCCUCUCAUCUCACAGUUGUAUUACUGUUUUAUGGAACUUGCGUAGGUUUGAACUUAAAACCUAAGUCAGAAAAUUCUCUGGAAAUAGAUAAAUUAUUCUCCAUGAUUUACAUUGGUGUGGUUCCGAUGCUGGACGAGAACGUCAUUAACCUUUCGGCUAUUAUUGAUUCUGGUACCUGUAGUUGUUUUUUGGAUGUCAACCUAGCCUCCCAAUUACACAUUCCUAUACGCCAAAAGAAACAGCCUUCUCUAUUUCACAUGGUAGAUGGCAGUACUUUAAAGACUGGUCCAGUCACUCAGGAAUCAAUACCAAGUGGGGCUCUGCUUCCUCGUUGUCUGCUUUAUAGGCUCUCCGAGCCUGAAACCAAGGUGUUAAAAGAAUAUAUCGAAGAAAGCUUGGUCAAAGGAUGUAUACACCCUUCCACCUUUCACAUCACCAGUAGGUGCAGGCAUUUUUUUGUGGGUAAGAAGGACGAUGGUCUUCAGGCUUGUGUGGACUACCGCACUCUUAAUGACAUCACCAUUAAGAAAUUCUACCCACUUCCUCUCAUCUCUAAAGCUACUGGAUAG